AUGGAGGGGGUUGGUUUGAUUCUGGUCGGGUUUCGGGGUUUGGUGUGGUGGUGUGGAAAAGAGAAAAAGGAGCAAAAGGAGAAACGGAGGAGCAGAGAUGACCGACCGAUGCUGCUCCGAGCCGGGCUGGACUGGUCUGGCUCACUCGCCGGGAACGGGACGGCGCUGACGAUUCACCGACGGUCCGACGUACACCACAACCUCGCCUCGGAAGAAGUGGAGAAAGUGAAGGAAGCGGAGAAAGUGAAGGAAGCGGAGAAAGUGAAGGAAGCGGAGAAAGUGGGGUCAAAUUCGCGGCACGACUGGACAGGAAUAAAUAAUUUCCAGAUUGGACCACUGUAUGCAUUGUUUAUGGGAAUAAGGGACCGGGCCGGUGCCGUUUCUCCCACGGGAUUCUACCCUUACGACGACGACAACGGCUAUACAGCAUGCUCUCCAGGCCAACCCGUACCCCCGCGCACCCGCACCCGCAACUUGCCUCCUCCGACGGCUGUAUGUCCGUCUGGAUUCUGGUCCGAAACUGCAUGCAAGAAACUGAUGGUCAAGGCGCAUCCCUCCGCGGACACCGGUAUGCGUGCCGCCGAAUGGCUCGACGAUACCUGGCUAGAGUAG